CAUUGAUCUGUCAUAUCCUAAAAGUAGUGCCAAUAAAAGUAUCAAAUAUCUUAAAGUUAAAGUUACUAAACAAUCGAAACAUCCAUUGCUCGAAAGUGUAGAGAAGUUUAUAAUUAUUAUUAUUUAAAAAAUGCCCAGAAUAGUUUUCAGUUAAUAUUCUAUUUAAAACCCCACCCUAUAUUACUAACUUAUGUGUAUUUUUGAAAUGAGACUGAGACAGGGUUAAAAUCUUGUCGUUAUGGCUAUUAGCGGGACCGAACACAAAGGGCCCUGCUUCUGGUGUUUAAAAGCUGUUAAAUGGAUACCAGUUUUAUUUCUUGUUACAAUUGUUGCUUGGUCGUAUUAUGCAUAUGUUGUCCAGUUAUGUUUAAUUACAGUUGAAAAUACACUAGGCCAGAUAGUAUAUCUUAUAUUUUAUCAUUUGUUUUUCUUCAUGUUUUGUUGGUCUUAUGUUCAAGCAAUUUUUACCGAUAUUGGAAAGGUUCCUAAUAAUUUUAAAAUAAAUGACACAGAUUUUGAAGAAUACAUAAACCACAGUGAUUCCCUUGAAAUGCAAAACAGAAUAUUGGACAACUGUGCAAAAAAUUUACCUAUAACUAAUGUAACCAUUGGAGGAAGUGUAAGGUUCUGUGACAAAUGUAAAACUGUUAAACCAGACAGGACGCAUCAUUGCUCUGUAUGUGGUGAAUGUGUAUUAAAAAUGGACCACCACUGUCCAUGGAUAAACAAUUGUGUUUGUUUUACAAACUACAAAUUCUUUAUAUUAUUCCUUGGAUAUGCAUUAAUUUAUUGUAUAUAUAUUUGCUUGACAUCUCUGCCUUAUUUUAUUGCAUUCUGGAGGGGAAAUUUGCAAGGAAUGAGUAGGUUCCAUAUUUUGUUUCUCUUCUUUGUUGCGGUGAUGUUUGGAAUUAGUUUAAUGUCCUUGUUCGGAUACCACUGUUACUUGGUCUUGGAAAAUAGAACUACGCUUGAAGCCUUCAGACCUCCCAGCUUUAGAGGAGUGGGUGCUGAUAAAUAUGGCUUCCAUUUAGGACGUUACAGGAAUUUUAAAGAGGUAUUUGGAGAAGAUCCCAAAUUAUGGUUCCUUCCCAUCAGCACCAGUUUGGGAGAUGGUUUAACAUUUCCUCAAAGGCAUUUGGAUGAGGAUCAAGAAGGUUUGUUACGCGAACAACCGUUUGAGGAAGAAGACAGUUUCAGAUAUCCCUAACUAUUGUGAUCUUUAUAAAAUUUAAAUUUAGACUAAGCCGCCCUGAUAAGGGAAAAAAUUAAUGAAGAUUUUAUAUUUCAUAUACAUAACUAGUAUUAUUAUAACAUAGUAUUUAUCUGUAAUUUUUAUGUUCGUUGGUCAUUGAGAAAACGUCUAGUCACUAAACGAAAUUUAUAGUAUUAAAAUUGAUGGAUGUCUCGCUUACUAAAGCUUUAUAAGCCUUUGUAAAUUUAUUUUUAUUUCAAAAAUGACCGUACAUUUUAAGUACAAAUUAUAAUACAUUCCCUUUAUUUUUAUAGACAAUAAAACACUUCCAAUUUAGAGCA